AUUGCGGCUGUCUGGCAACGCUAAUUGCAACACGUCACCUGCUCGGCGAAAAAGAUGUAAUUUUUAUUGUUUACGUUUCCAACUCGUGUUUUUGUGUGUUAUUUGUGUACAAGAUGAAGUUCGCCGAUGUGCUGCGUCGCUUAGACGCCUAUCCGCGCACCCUGGACGAUUUUAGCGUGCGCACAGUGGGCGGAGCAGCUGUUACAAUCAUCAGCACCAGCAUUAUCAGUCUGCUGAUCUUCUUGGAGUUCCUAAACUACAUGCGACCCAACCUAAAUGAAGAACUUUUUGUUGACACAACGAGGGGUCAAAAGUUGAGAAUCAAUCUGGACGUGACCCUGCAUAAUUUGGCCUGCAAUUAUAUUUCUCUGGAUGCGAUGGACUCAUCGGGGGACACCCACUUAAGGGUCGACCACGACGUUUUCAAGCACCGAUUGGACCAAGGGGAACCCCUCAAGGAAACGCCCAUCAAGGAGAUCGUGGCAGUGUCGCCGCCCAAUAAGAACGUCACCUGCGGCAGUUGCUACGGCGCGGAGCACAAUGGCACCCACUGCUGCAACACGUGCGAGGAGGUACUCGAUGCCUACCGGCUGCGCAAGUGGAACGUCCAAGUGGACAAAAUCGAGCAGUGCAAGGGCAAGUACAAGCGCAGCGACGAGGACGCCUUUAAGGAGGGCUGUCGCAUCCAGGGCCACCUGGAGGUGAACCGCAUGGCCGGCAGCUUCCACUUUGCGCCCGGCAAGAGUUUCUCCAUCCGCCAGUUUCAUAUCCACGACUUCCAGUUCAGCAAUGUGAAGCUAUCGCACACAAUCAAUCACCUGUCCUUUGGCGAAAAGAUAGAGUUCGCCAAGACGCAUCCUUUGGAUGGUCUGCGAGUGGACGUGACAGAGACUAAAAGUGAAAUGUUUAAUUAUUAUUUAAAAAUUGUACCUACUUUAUAUAUGCGAGGCAGUGAGCCCAUAUACACGAAUCAGUUCUCGGUGACGCGAUAUCGCAAAGAUCUUUCGGAUCGCGAGCGCGGAAUGCCGGGCAUAUUCUUCAGCUACGAACUCUCGCCGUUGAUGGUGAAAUAUGCGGAGAAGCACAACUCCUUUGGCCACUUCGCCACGAACUGCUGUUCCAUCAUUGGAGGCGUCUUCACGGUGGCCGGCAUUCUGGCCGUGCUGCUGAACAACUCCUGGGAGGCCAUUCAACGUAAACUGGAGGUGGGAAAGCUCAGCUAACAACAAUUUGAAUCUCUUCUGCGGCUUCCUUGCAGCUUUACUACGCCUAACUCAUUAUACAUUCGACAAAUCUCCAAAUAAAAGUGCUUAAUUUUAUAGAAA